AUGGCAGGGCCACAUCCCAAUCCGUGGGUCAGGCUGCUGCUGGCAGCUCUACUGAGUGUCAGCUUUCCUGGGAGCACAGCCAACCUCUGCAAGAAGGCUCAGGUGAAGAGCUGCACGGAGUGCAUCCGUGUGCACCCGGACUGCGCCUACUGCACGGACGAGAUGUUCAAGGAGCGGCGCUGCAACACCCAGAUCGAGCUGCUGGCCGCAGGCUGCCGGCAGGAAAGCAUAGUGGUCAUGGAGAGCAGCUUGGAGAUCACAGAGGAGACCCAGAUCGAUACCACCCUCCGCCGCAGCCAGGUGUCCCCCCAGCGCCUACAGGCCCGCCUGCGACCGGGCGAAGAGCGGCACUUUGCACUCGAGGUGUUUGAGCCCCUGGAGAGCCCUGUGGACCUGUAUAUCCUCAUGGACUUCUCCAACUCCAUGUCCGACGACUUGGACAACCUUAAGAAGAUGGGGCAGGACCUGGCCCAGGUCCUGAGCCAGCUCACCAGUGACUACACUAUUGGAUUUGGCAAGUUUGUGGACAAAGUCAGCGUCCCUCAGACAGACAUGAGGCCCGAGAAGCUGAAGGAACCCUGGCCCAACAGUGACCCUCCAUUCUCCUUUAAGAACGUCAUCAGCUUGACGGAGGAUGUGAACGAAUUCCGGAGUAAGCUGCAGGGAGAGCGGAUCUCAGGCAACCUGGACGCUCCUGAAGGUGGCUUUGAUGCCAUCCUGCAGACAGCUGUGUGCACGGGGGCCAUCGGCUGGCGCCCCGACAGCACCCAUCUGCUGGUGUUCUCCACUGAGUCAGCCUUCCACUAUGAGGCCGAUGGUGCCAACGUGCUGGCUGGCAUCAUGAGCCGCAAUGAUGAGAAGUGCCACCUGGAUGCCACGGGCACCUACACCCAGUACAAUAUGCAGGACUACCCUUCAGUGCCCACGCUUGUGCGCCUGCUCGCCAAGCACAACAUUAUCCCCAUCUUCGCUGUUACCAACUACUCCUACAGCUACUAUGAGAAGCUUCAUACAUACUUCCCGGUCUCCUCGCUGGGGGUGCUGCAACAGGACUCAUCCAACAUCGUGGACCUGCUAGAAGAAGCCUUCAAUCGCAUUCGCUCCAACCUCGACAUCCGGGCCCUAGACAGCCCACGAGGGCUGCGGACAGAGGUCACCUCCAAGAUGUACCAGAAGACAAAGUCAGGGUCCUUUCACAUCAGGCGGGGAGAAGUGGGAACUUACGAUGUGCAACUGCGGGCUGCGGAAGACGUGGAUGGAACACACGUGUGCCAGCUGGCGGAAGAGGACCAGAGGGGAAACAUCCACCUGAAGCCCUCCUUCUCCGACGGCCUCUGGAUGGACGUGGGCAUCAUCUGUGACGUGUGCACCUGCGAGCUGCAAAAAGAGGUGCGGUCAGCUCGCUGCGACUACCACGGAGACUUCAUGUGUGGACACUGUGUGUGCAACGAGGGCUGGAGCGGCAAGACCUGCAACUGCUCCACUGGCUCACUGAGUGACACUGAGCCCUGCAUCCGCGAGGGUGAGGACAAGCCAUGCUCAGGCCGCGGGGAGUGCCAGUGCGGACGUUGCGUGUGCUAUGGUGAAGGCCGCUAUGAGGGUCACUUCUGCGAGUAUGACAACUUCCAGUGUCCCCGCACCUCCGGGUUCCUCUGCAAUGACCGGGGACGCUGCUCCAUGGGCCAGUGUGUGUGUGAGCCUGGUUGGACAGGCCUGAGCUGUGACUGUCCCCUCAGCAAUGCCACCUGCAUCGACAGCGAUGGGGGCAUCUGUAAUGGGCGUGGCUACUGCGAGUGUGGCCGCUGCCACUGCAACCAGCAGUCGCUCUACACGGACACCACCUGCGAGAUCAACUACUCAGCGAUCCGCCUGGGCCUCUGCGAGGACCUGCGCUCCUGUGUGCAGUGCCAGGCCUGGGGCACUGGGGAGAAGAAGGGGCGCAUGUGCGAGGAGUGCAGCUUCAAGGUCAAGAUGGUGGACGAGCUCAAGAAAGCUGAGGAGGUGGUGGAGUACUGCUCCUUCCGGGACGAGGACGACGACUGCACCUACAGCUACACCGUGGAGGGUGACGGCUCCCCGGGGCCCAACAGCACCGUCCUGGUGCACAGGAAGAAGGACUGCCCUCCCGGCUCCUGGUGGCUCAUCUUCCUGCUCAUCCCCCUCCUGCUGCUGCUGGCACUGCUGCUGCUGCUCUGCUGGAAGUACUGUGCCUGCUGUAAGGCCUGUCUGGCACUUCUCCCUUGCUGCAACCGAGGUCACAUGGUCGGCUUUAAGGAAGACCACUACAUGUUGCGGGAGAAUUUGAUGGCCUCAGACCACCUGGACACACCCAUGCUGCGCAGUGGGAACCUCAAGGGGCGGGACACGGUCCGCUGGAAGAUCACCAACAACGUGCAGCGGCCUGGCUUUGCCACCCACGCCGCCAGCACCAACCCCACAGAGCUCGUGCCCUAUGGGCUGUCCCUGCGCCUUGCCCGCCUCUGCACCGAGAACCUGAUGAAGCCUGGCACUCGAGAAUGUGACCAGCUGCGCCAGGAGGUGGAAGAGAAUCUCAACGAGGUGUACAGACAGGUCCCUGGUGCACACAAGCUCCAGCAGACAAAGUUCCGGCAACAGCCCAAUGCUGGGAAAAAGCAAGACCACACCAUUGUGGACACGGUGCUGAUGGCGCCCCGCUCGGCCAAGCAGACCCUCCUGAAGCUGACAGAGAAGCAGGUGGAGCAGGGGUCCUUCCAUGAGCUCAAAGUGGCCCCCGGCUACUACACCCUCACUGCAGAGCAGGACGCCCGGGGCAUGGUGGAGUUCCAGGAGGGCGUGGAGCUGGUGGACGUGCGCGUGCCCCUCUUCAUCCGGCCUGAAGACGACGAUGAGAAGCAGCUCCUGGUGGAGGCCAUCGAUGUGCCCGUAGGCACUGCCACCCUUGGCCGCCGCCUGGUAAACAUCACCAUCAUCAAGGAGCAAGCAAGUGGCGUGGUGUCCUUUGAGCAAUCUGAGUACUCAGUGAGCCGUGGGGAGCAGGUGGCCCGCAUUCCUGUCAUCCGGCGCAUCCUGGACAAUGGCAAGUCCCAGGUCUCCUACCGCACACAGGACAACACAGCACAGGGCAACCGGGACUACAUUCCUGUGGAGGGCGAGCUGCUGUUCCACCCUGGAGAGACCUGGAAGGAGCUGCAGGUGAAGCUCCUGGAGCUGCAGGAAGUAGAUUCCCUCCUUCGGGGCCGUCACAGCCGCCGCUUCCAUGUCCAACUUAGCAACCCCAAGUUUGGGACCCGCCUGGGCCAGCCCCACUCAGCAACCGUCAUCAUUGGGGACCGAGAUGAACUGGACCUGAGCCUCAUAAAUCAGACGGGGUCAUCACCGCCACCUCCCCGUGGGGACCUGGGAGCCCCACAGAACCCCAAUGCCAAGGCUGCUGGGUCCCGGAAGAUCCAUUUCAACUGGCUGCCUCCUCCUGGCAAGCCGAUGGGGUACAGGGUGAAGUACUGGAUCCAGGGUGACUCCGAGUCCGAAGCCCACCUGCUUGAUAGCAAGGUGCCCUCGGUGGAGCUCACCAACCUCUACCCGUACUGUGACUAUGAGAUGAAGGUGUGUGCCUAUGGGGCACAGGGCGAGGGUCCCUACAGCUCCCCGGUGUCCUGCCGCACCCACCAAGAAGUACCCAGUGAGCCUGGGCGUCUGGCCUUCAAUGUCGUCUCCUCUACGGUGACACAGCUGAGCUGGGCUGAGCCAGCUGAGACCAAUGGCGAGAUCACAGCCUACGAAGUCUGCUAUGGCCUGGUGAAUGAGGACAACCGACCCAUUGGGCCCAUGAAGAAGGUGCUGGUGGACAGCCCCAAGAACCGGAUGCUGCUCAUCGAGAAUCUACGAGAAUCCCAGCCAUAUCGCUACACGGUGAAGGCGCGCAAUGGGGCAGGCUGGGGACCUGAGCGGGAGGCCAUCAUCAACCUGGCCACUCAGCCCAAGAGGCCCAUGUCCAUCCCCAUCAUCCCAGACAUCCCCAUCGUGGACGCCCAGGGUGGGGAAGACUAUGAAAGCUUCCUUAUGUACAGUGACGACGUUCUGCGCUCCCCAGCAGGCAGUCAGAGGCCCAGCGUCUCUGAUGACACCGGCGGCGGCUGGAAGUUCGAGCCCCUGCUGGGGGAGGAGCUGGACCUGCGGCACGUCACGUGGCGGCUGCCCCCGGAGCUCAUCCCGCGCCUGUCGGCCAGCAGCGGGCGCUCUUCUGACGACGGCGGCGCGGGGAGCGCGGCCGGGGAGGGCAGCAGCCGGGCCCGCAGCGCGACGCCCGGGCCCCCCGGAGAGCACCUGGUGAAUGGUCGAAUGGACUUUGCCUUCCCAGGCAGUGCCAACUCCCUACACAGGAUGACAGCGGCCAAUGCCACCUAUGGCACCCACCUGAGCCCACAUCUGCCCCACCGUGUGCUGAGCACCUCCUCCACCCUCACUCGGGACUACCACUCGCUGACCCGCACACAGCACUCACAGUCGUCCACACUGCCCAGAGACUACUCCACCCUCACCUCCCUCUCCUCCCAGGAUUCUCGAGGUGCCAUGGGUGUGCCUGACACACCCACCCGCCUUGUGUUCUCCGCCCUGGGACCCACAUCUCUGAAAGUGAGCUGGCAGGAGCCUCAGUGUGAGCGCCUGCUACUGGGCUACAGUGUGGAGUACCAGCUGCUGAAUGGCGGCGAGCUACACAGGCUCAACAUCCCCAACCCUGGCCAAACUUCUGUGGUGGUGGAAGACCUCCUGCCCAACCACUCCUACGUGUUCCGUGUGCGGGCCCAGAGCCAGGAGGGCUGGGGCCGAGAGCGUGAGGGUGUCAUCACCAUUGAAUCACAGGUGCACCCGCAGAGCCCACUCUGCCCCCUGCCAGGAUCUGCCUUCACUCUGAGCACCCCCAGUGCCCCAGGCCCAUUGGUGUUCACUGCCCUGAGCCCCGAUUCACUGCAGCUGAGCUGGGAGCGGCCACGGAGGCCCAAUGGUGACAUCCUCGGCUAUCUGGUGACCUGUGAGAUGGCCCAAGGAGGAGGGCCAGCCACUACAUUCCGGGUGGAUGGAGACAACCCUGAGAGCCGGCUGACCGUGCCUGGCCUCAGUGAGAACGUGCCCUACAAGUUCAAGGUGCAGGCCAGGACUACCGAGGGCUUCGGGCCAGAGCGUGAAGGCAUCAUCACCAUUGAGUCCCAGGAUGGAGGUCCCUUCCCACAGCUGGGCACCCAUUCCGGGCUCUUCCAGCACCCACUGCAAGGCGAGUACAGCAGCAUCACCACCACCCACACCAGCACCACUGAGCCCUUCCUAAUGGAUGGACUGACCCUGGGGUCCCAGCACCUAGAGACAAGUGGCUCUCUCACCCGGCACGUGACCCAGGAAUUUGUGAGCCGGACACUGACUACCAGUGGAACCCUCAACGCCCAGGUGGACCAACAGUUUUACCAAACAUGACCCACCAACCUCACCAGUGUUCUGGAACCUGGGCUCCCUCCCUGCCUCUUCUUUCCAGCACUCCCUCAGCCACUCCAUCCUUGGACCCCAACCUGGGGCCCAGCCCCACCUUCAUGCUGACCACAGAGCCAGCACCUCUUGCCAUGGAGCAGGGGCCAGGUAUCCUGUAGGAAGCACGAAGGGGGCAGAGGUCUCAGAAGGCCCUUUGGCUGUCCCUGCCCCACGCUGGCCCAAACUUAUUUGUAACCAAAGAGCUGGGACCAGGACAAGG